AUUUCACUCAGGAGAUGUUCACGACAGUUCACGUUCAUCCGAUCUCACGCUCGCUGUCCAUCAACAACGCGUCUUUAACGUUCCAACCCUUCUCUACGCUCCUUUGCUUUCCUUUUUAAUUGUCUUCUUCUAUGGGUCUGUAAGACCUUGAGUCUCUUGUGAGAUGGCCCCAAUAUCUCGGGACGGCGACGUGGUUGCUUCGUUCUCAGGGAAAUGGAUAUCAGGGGCACAUACGAUCGCUGCAUAUUCGGCGUUUGUUGGGGCUUUGAUCGUGGGAAUAGCUCUGCAUUAUGAAAAGAUUGUGCAGAAUGAGCACUGGGGAUACCCGGAAGAAUGGUUCCCCUCAGUGUCUGCGACGAUUGGCGACCGAUACCCCGAACGAUCGGUAUUCCAACUCUUCAUUGCCAUAACCUCCGGGCCCCGAUUCGCGCUCGUAGCGCUCUGGUACGUCCUGACCAAACGACCAAACUCAUCCCUUUCGAACUUCGUGGCCGGAGUGGGCAUUUUCAGAACCCUUACGUGCGGCGGGUGGACAUACGUGACGUCUACCGAUGAUCACAAUUGGCACGAUAUCUUCAUGAUCUCGUAUUUGGUCGCUACGGUGCCGUGGACUUUGGGUUGCCUAGCUCUCAGUCCGCAAAACCCUCAAGCUAUCAGGUGGAGGAAGCGGUUCGCGACCGCGUUCUUCGGGACGAUUGUACCCCUGAUAUACUUCUUCAUUCAGCAUAAAGUGCAUAAGGUGGCAGGAGCGUAUACGAUCUAUGCCUUCUUUGAGUGGGCGCUUGUCUUACUUGACGUUGGAUUCGAUGCCGUCACAAUGCUGGAUUUUGACGGCGUUGAGGUCGUUGUCAAAGAUAUCCGAGGCAUUACAAGAGGUGCCGACAACCGCCUUGCGGAUGCUGUUCUGGAGAAGCAGAAAGCCAAACCGGCUGCCCAGGUCAUAUCUGCUGGUUUUUCCUGGCCCGUAGCCUUCGAUGCUGCUGCAGAUGUUUACAAUGGGUUUGUAUUCUGGUCAAUGUUGACCUCGCUUGGACUUUGCGUUUGGUACUUCCCAUUGUGGCACAUGGGUAUCUCUGGUUUCGAAGCCUUUAUCGUCUGUACUCUGACUCCAUACAUCCUUGGUCCGAGAGCCAUUCGAAACCUCUUCUUCCGCAACGUGCGCGUCCUCCAUCUUCUCUCUUUAUCCGGCCUGCUAGCUUGGCUGCUCAAAGAUCCCACAUACCGACUCUUUGCCGUUGCAUUUGGCGUCGGUAUGUCUUGCCUUGCCUGGGUCUGUACCUUUGGCGCCGCUGAAAGCAAGCCUGCAUACCGUCUUGAAUCGCGCAUCUCCGCAUUCUGCCUCGGCCUGAUAAUGUCUAGCAUUGCGAAAUUCGCAUGGCACACGAACAACCCCAUUUGGCCUGUUGUCAACGAGACUAACGGUGGCUGGAACAAAAUUGGCCUCCUAUUCGCCGUUCUUUCCAUCCUGCGUUCCACAAGGGACGACACUUCGGACAAAUUCUAUCCGGUCCCGCCGCGAACUGGGGGAAAGCCCGGUUCCCCCGCAUUGGCUGGACUCGGCUUUGCGGGAGUCAUGUUUUCGAUGCACUCCCUCCUAUCGGAUUCCAGCACGAUGACCCUCUGGGUCUGGAGCGGUUAUCCGGUCAAUGGCCCCUUGGCAUCUCCACAUGGUGCCUACACGAUCAUCGCGAUGGGGGUGGGACUGCUAUUUGGGGUGAUGGUACCCGGUAUCGCGCGAAGCUGGACCUUCUACGGGAUUGGAUCCAUUGGUGCAGCUGCAUUGGUUGCAUUCGAUGACUGGACUGGGUACUACGGUGCACUGGCUAUUGCAACCUAUAUCAUGGCCAUUGCGCCCGUCUUGAUUCGGUCUGCCGUCCACCAAAGGGCAUACGCAUCUACCUUCGGGUUCGGCUUCUUGAUCUACAAUAUCCUUGUCCUCGCCCACGUCUGGGUCGUGGCCUACGCGUUCGUUCCAGGCGGACCGUUGAUGCGCGAGCACACGGAUUGGGUCGUGGCGGUCACCAUGCUCUGCAUCGGGGCCGGAGUCUACGAGGCCACCGCACGUGCUGCAGCACCUUCAAAGAAGCCAAAAAAGCCUGCGCAGACGUCUCCGACAGCACGAAGGCAGCGCGGUUUCUACAUCUAUAUCCUGGGUGGUUUGCAGCUCCUUGCGAUCGCGGUCGCGUACCUCCGUUUCCCAACGUACGACUACACUCCUUACCAUCCCGACUCCAAUGUCCUGACCGCUGGUAUCUGGACCGUCCAUUUCUCUCUCGACAACGACAUGUGGGAUUCGUCUCGCCGCAUGGCAUACCUGCUUAAAAACAUGGAACUCGACGUUAUUGGACUGCUCGAGUCGGAUCUCCAGCGGGUCAUCAUGGGCAACCGCGAUACCACGCAGUAUCUCGCCGAAGAGCUCGGCAUGUACGUGGAUUACGGCCCGGGCCCUGAUAAACACACAUGGGGUGCCGCACUUCUCAGCAAGUUCCCCAUCGUCAACAGCACGCAUCACCUCCUACCUAGCCCUGUCGGUGAAUUAGCCCCCGCCAUCCACGCCACGCUCGAUGCGUACGGGGAGCUGGUCGAUGUGGUGGUAUUCCAUUCCGGGCAAGAAGAGGACCCGGAAGACCGGCGAUUGCAGACCGAGUACCUAUCGAACUUGAUGGGCUCGGUGACGACGCGUCCGGUGAUCUUACUGAGUUAUCUGGUUACCACGCCAAAGCAGGGGAACUAUAACACGUAUGUCGGGGAGGUAAGUGGCAUGAGGGAUAUUGAUCAUACGGAUUGGGAUCGGUGGUGCGAGUAUGUGUUGUAUAAGGGGUUGAAGAGGAUUGGGUAUGCUCGACUGAGUCGAGGGACGAUUACCGAUACCGAGUUGCAGGUUGGGAAGUUCGUUGUUGGUCAACCGGAGGGCUCCGACGAGCAUAUAUCCGAAGAUCACGUUCCGGAAGACAUGCGAUUUCCGGCAUUGUUCCGUGGAGAGGGCGUGAAGGGUCACAGAUAUCAUGUCUUCGAUGAGCCUAGGUACUACGCUUAGAUAUUAUACAUGUAACAUUAAGUUUCAUAUAGGUAUUUAAUAACAGACCGAUGAUUAUGCAUCAUUCUGGU